CCCCGCAGCGACUACACAGGUUCGGUGACAGCCGAGACCCCAGGCAUUUCCCUGCCGCCGACCGGUCCCUUCUGCGACCCAGGUCGGAGCUUUCAACAGAGGGAGACUCCAGGGUUUCUUGGAGCCUUUACAGAGUCCAGGCAGCAGACUGCUUAGUGAGAACUACAAGAUCUUCUUCUGACUUCACCCCAGCAGCUCUGGUUGAAUCCACAGAUGCCAGCCCAGCUUCAAGCUCCUGGGCCAUGUGGAACUGUCAGCAAGAGGGUCUGAGACCUGAGGCCCAGUGCAGACAUGGCAGCUAAUGGGGACUCUCUCCUGUGGUCCCCAGCCCUGACUGCAGAGGGACAUGGCAGCUUAUGUGAGGUGAGGAUGGAGAGGACCCCAGGGGCAGUAGUUCAUUCAGUAAGGAUAUACCCUAAUCUGUCCCCAGGGCCUCAGGGCAGGGACAGUGCUGACCAUGCUGCCUUGAACAGGAUUGUGUUGUUACAGGUACCAGUGUCAUUUGAGGAUGUGACUGUGGACUUCAGCAGGGAGGAGUGGCAGCACUUGGACUCUGCUCAGAGACGCUUGUACCGGGAUGUGACACUGGAGAACUAUAGCCACCUGCUUUCAGUGGGGUACCGAGUUCCCAAGCCAGAGGCCAUCUUCCUGUUGGAGCAAGGGGAGGGGCCAUGGACCUUGGAUGGGGAAGCUCCACACCAAAGCGGUUCAGGUGAGGCUAUUGAGGAAAUUCAACAACAGGGAAUUUCUAGAGAAAUUCUGUUCCACUGUGAGAGCUUUGACCAACCCAUAGAAGAUUCAUUGUGUCCCAUUAUAGAAGAACUGUGGCAAGAUCAUGAACAGCUAGAGAGAUAUCAGGAAAACCAGAAUAACCCUUUAAGUCACAUGCAAGUAUUGAUUAAGGAUAGGGGCUAUGAAUGUAAAAACAUCGAAAAAAUAAUUCAUGUGACUGCUGAACUUAUUCCUUCAAUUGGAAGACUCUGUAACUGUGAAACAUUUGGAAAGAGUUUGAAGCAUACGUUAAAGUUACAUAAUCAUAACAGAAACAGUGCAACAAAGAGCCUUGGUAAGAUCUUUGGAAAUGGUAAUAAUUUGGCCCAUAGCUCUUCCUCUACUAAGAAUGAGAAUACUAAGAUAGGAGUGAAUUCCUGUGAAUAUAAUCAAUGUGAAAAUCAUCUUGGCCACAAACAAGCUGUCAUCCACCAUCAGAAAAUUCAUACUAAGGAGGAACUUUAUGUGUGUACUGAGUGUGUAAAGGGCUUCAACCAGAAGUCACAUCUCUUUGAACAUCAGAGACUUCAUGCUGAAGAAAAGUCUCAUGAACGUGACCAAAGUGACAAAGUCUUCUCUCAGAAGCCACAAAUUGGUGUACAUCAGAGUGUUUAUAUAAGAGAAAAACCUCAUUUAUGUACUGAAUGUGGGAAAGCCUUUACCCUCAAGUCAAACCUCAUUACACAUCAGAAAAUUCAUACUGGACAGAAACCCUACAAAUGCAGUGAAUGCGCAAAAGCCUUUUUUCAGAGAUCAGAUCUCUUUAGACAUCUGAGAAUUCAUACAGGAGAGAAACCUUAUGAAUGUAGUGAAUGUGGAAAAGCCUUCUCCCAGAAUUCAGACCUCAGUAUACAUCAGAAAACUCAUACUGGAGAGAAACACUAUGAAUGCAGUGAAUGUGGGAAAGCUUUCACAAGAAAAUCAGGACUCAGGAUGCAUCAGAGAAUUCACACAGGAGAGAAACCUUAUGUAUGCACUGAAUGUGGGAAGGCCUUCAUCCAGAAAUCCCACUUCAAUACACAUCAGAGAAUUCAUACAGGAGAAAAACCUUAUGAAUGCAGUGACUGUGGGAAAUCAUUCACUAAGAAGUCACAACUCCAUGUGCAUCAAAGAAUUCACACUGGCGUAAAACCCUAUAUAUGUGCAGAAUGUGGAAAGGUCUUCACUCAUAGGACAAAUCUCACCACACAUCAGAAAACUCAUACUGGGGAGAAACCUUACAUGUGUGCUGAGUGUGGGAAGGCUUUUACUGAUCAGUCAAAUCUUAUUAAACACCAGAAAACUCAUACUGGAGAGAAACCCUAUAAAUGCAGUGGCUGUGGAAAAGCCUUCAUAUGGAAGUCACGUCUCAAGAUACAUCAGAAAUCUCAUAUUGGAGAGCGGCACUAUGAAUGCAAGGAAUGUGGAAAAGCCUUUAUCCAGAAGUCAACACUAAGUGUGCAUCAGAGAAUCCACACAGGAGAGAAACCCUAUGUUUGCCCUGAGUGUGGGAAGGCCUUUAUCCAGAAGUCACACUUCAUUGCCCAUUAUAGAAUUCAUACUGGAGAGAAGGCUUAUGAAUGCAGUGACUGUGGGAAAUGCUUCACAAAGAAAUCACAACUCCGUGUGCAUCAGAAAAUCCACACAGGUGAGAAGCCCAAUAUAUGUGCUGAAUGUGGAAAGGCCUUCACUGACCGGUCAAAUCUCAUAACACACCAGAAAAUCCAUACUAGGGAGAAACCCUUUAAAUGUGGUGACUGUGGAAAAACCUUCACCUGGAAGUCACGUCUCAAUAUACAUCAGAAAUCACAUACUGGAGAGAGACAGUAUGAAUGCAGCAAAUGUGGGAAAGCUUUCAUCCAGAAAGCAACACUAAGUAUGCAUCAGAUAAUUCAUACAGGAAAGAAACCUUAUGCUUGUACAGAAUGUCCGAAGGCCUUCACUGACAGAUCAAAUCUCAUUAAACACCAGAAAACGCAUAGUGGAGAGAAACGCUAUAAAGCCAGUGACUGAAAAAGCCUUCACCUGGAAAUGACAACUAGGCAUGCAUCAGAUAUCUCGUAGUGGGGGAGAGGAAUGUCUGAGCCUGCAAUCAUUGUGCAGGGAGAAGUAGAUGUGAAAGACUGGCCUGAAUGAACAGAAGGCAAAAAGAGUGAAGUAUCCCUCAGUGCACUGGAAAUUAAAGUUCUUGGGUCACCAGUUGAUAUGCAGUGAUGUGCAUAGGGAGAUCCUUUAGAUAAAGCAGUGGAGCAAUAGUCAGUUUGGUUACAUGAUUGAUACAGUGACUCUUGAGCUCUUGCAAAUGGUAGAAAUAAAGGCCUGAGAUGACUUGUCAUUUGUUUUAU